CUGUAGGUGACAUGUGACAUCUCCCUCCGUAUUCAUUGGCGUUGUUUCGUGCCUCAGGUAUUGCAGCUCGACAACCAUCGAUGGCGCAAGGUUUCAUUCCGGCAGGGGCCGCCGCCCCGCCUUUCGGUUCGCCAUGGCUCUUCGAAUCAUCAUGGGACUUCGCUUUGGAGAUGCAGCACAUCUUUGACCCUGUGACUCCUUCAAGCACAAAGGAAUGGGUUGGCGCCUCUUCCUUCGGUGGUGGGAAGAAUGCUGUUGGCUUGAGUACCCUUAUCACUGAACGGAUCAGGGAAUUGGAAAUGGAAGUGUGUCUAGGUGGCAACGAUAAGGGCUGUGGUCCUUUUCGAGUGAAGAGGAAGGACAAUGGCAUAAAGGAGAGUCCGAAACGGAGUCAGCAUGCCAAGAAUGCCUCAAGUGAGAGAAAUUCGGAUGAUACGAACCAGAGGAUCUCUUCUGUGGUUCUCCCGUCAAUCAAGAACUCUGAAACUCGACUUCGUAGUCCCUCUAUUCCUUCCUUUGCCUCUACACCGCCACCUACCUCCCAACCAGUCUCGAAACCAAGGUUUGAAACACCUAUCCAUCUGGAUGAAACGUUGGGGAGACUAUACGGCCUACACGAACUGUGCAAAGCCUCUUACACCCCCUUCGAGUUACCAGUCACGUUCACCAAUACCAUGAAGAAACGAAGAGAGCUAUACUCGACAUUCACGAGCCAUGCCCAGGAGCUUCGGGAGCUACACCAUUCAUUUCAAGGAUUGCUGGCUCGGACUGAUACUAAAAUAAAAAGUCAGUCACAACGCUUUGGAGAAUGGCUCGCCACUAGUAAGAACAUUCAAAGCUUACUUAAAAUCGAACGACACUUGGCGAAGACUAAAAGCAGUCGUUCUCUGGACGAAUGGUAUGAGUUCGGUGGAAAAGAUGGUCGAGAGGUUGCUUGGCUGCCCUCUAGUCUAGAGGAGCUACAGUUGCAGAUUCAACUGGUUAAUAUUGAGCUGAAGAAGAAGAAAAUGGAUGCCGUGACUCGCCUAUCGCUCAGGGAGUCUAAUAUGAGAAGGAAAUGGCACGUGGGAAGAUUGGAGAUCGUAAUGGGCCUUCUGCUGGUACAAGAUAGCGUACCGCUGGACAUGAUUGAACAACUAGGUAGAAGGGUCGUGUGUUUUGUGGAAAAUAACAUGGCGGAGGGUUUUCAAGAGGAACGGGGAAUUUACGAUGACAUUUUGCGUUUCGAUGACGAUAACUGGGAUGAAGACUCGGAUUGUGAUGAGAAUUCACCGCAAGAAACUGACAGGGACGAUGGAUUAUGUGAUGCGUUGACAGACGACAAGACAGAUAUUUCUUCUUCCUCUCCUCAGCAUUCACCUCCGCCUACUUCAAUCCAACCUGAUAUACAUAACUUCGACACCUCCAUCUCGGGUAACCGAACCUUCAGCCACAACAAUGUUACGAAUACAGAUACCACAGACUCUCAUAAUACGAAUAGCGAAACUAACACCAACUCUCAUAACGUCUACAAUAACAUUACGAAUCAUCAUCACCACAAUCAUCAUCACCACCAUCGUCAAGAACGCCGAAAAUCGCGCUGGAACAUAACAAAGUUUGUCCAUCAGCACAUAUACCUACCUAUACUUUGGAAUCCGUACUCCUGUCUCUGCUCUCAUCACCAGACAAUGGCGUCGAGUUGGCUCCAUGCAUAUUUGACGUGGCUGGCCUCCUCGUUUGGUAGCUGUCACCGGUAGUCGGUUACUAUCCUACAUAGGGAGCAUCGGGUUCUGCUCCGCCUGACCAGUUGUUCCUCGAUUCUUCACCCCGCGUUUUCCACCCUUCUUUGUUUCUUUUCACCCAUCUUCACCUCGUUUUCCCUGCCUUCUUCCAUCUUUUCUCACCCUUAAUCUUCCCAUCCCCCUUCUCUUUCCACCUGUCGCGGUUUCUGGGCUCGACACGGGUCGGUGCAUCGGUGAUUUUAUUUUGUGAACCUUAAUAUCCAUGUACGAUAUACGAUAUCAUUAUUAUCCUCAAGUACGUUCUAUCCUCCCACGUGUAAUUCUACAUUCUCAUGUCAUCCUCAUACUGUAAACCUGUAUACCGGACGUUGUGCCGUUAAAUAUAACAAUUCUCCUGUUUCAAG